CACACCCUUUCCUUCUUCGACCUUAAAUUAUAGAGUGAGACUUUCGGUUCGACGCCGCGAACGAAAUGUCCCACCCGGAGAACGAGCGCAUCUCGGCGGAGAGAUCCGUCGACGACGUCGAAUUGUCAGCCAUGGAGCGCGAAAGUCCAUCUUCGGCGGAGCUGCGCAAGUCAAGCGGCCAGUCGUCCGUCACCAGUACGACAAUGGUUCCCGCUGCAGAAAAGAGCCAGGCGUCUCCUGCCCAACAAUUAGCCCGGGCAGAUGAUUCCGACGCGUUGUAUGCUCAUCUUCCCGAACAUGAAAAGCAGAUUUUGAAGAAACAGCUGGAUGCGGACGAUGUGGAUGUGUCGUUCUUUGGUCUGUUCCGUUAUGCUUCUCGGUCAGAUAUCGCGAUCAUGAUUGUGAGCGGAAUUUGCGCCAUCAUCGCAGGCGCUGCUCUGCCUUUGUUCACCAUCCUUUUCGGUUCCUUGGCCUCGGCCUUUCGAGGCAUAGCCUUGUAUGAGAUCUCAUACCACGAUUUCUACCACCAGUUGACCAAGAAUGUCCUCUACUUCGUCUAUCUCGGUAUUGCAGAGUUUGUCACAGUAUAUAUCUCCACUGUCGGGUUCAUCUACACCGGUGAGCACGUUACCCAAAAGAUUCGCGAGCACUACCUCGAGUCGAUCCUCAGACAGAACAUGGGAUACUUCGACAAGCUGGGUGCAGGUGAAGUCACUACUCGUAUCACUGCCGACACGAACCUCAUCCAAGACGGUAUCUCAGAAAAGGUUGGACUCACCCUGACGGCUCUUGCUACGUUUGUCACCGCUUUCAUUGUCGCUUACGUCAAAUACUGGAAACUGGCACUGAUCUGUACCUCGACGAUUGUGGCACUGGUUCUGCUCAUGGGAGGUGGUUCUCGUUUCAUCGUCAAGAACAGCAAGAUGGCUUUGCAGAGUGCUGGUGCUGGUGGUACGGUAGCAGAGGAAGUCAUCAGCUCCAUCCGCAAUGCGACUGCAUUCGGCACCCAGGACAAGCUUGCCAAACAAUACGAGACUCACCUCGCCGAGGCCGAGAAAUGGGGUGUUAAAACCCAAGUGACCCUUGGUUUCAUGAUUGGCGGCAUGUUCGGUAUCAUGUUUUCCAACUACGGCCUUGGUUUCUGGAUGGGCUCUCGCUUUCUCACUGAUGGAGAGGUCAACGUCGGCCAGGUUCUGACUGUGUUGAUGGCUAUCCUGAUCGGCUCAUUUAGUCUGGGCAAUGUCAGCCCCAACGCCCAGGCGUUUACGAACGCUGUCGCCGCAGCUGUCAAGAUCUAUGGCACCAUCGACCGCCCUUCACCCCUAGACCCCUAUUCCGAGGAAGGUGAGAAGCUUGAGCACUUUGAGGGCAACAUCGAGUUUCGUGGGAUCAAGCAUAUCUACCCUUCCCGGCCGGAAGUGACUGUCAUGGAUGGGGUUUCUCUAAGCAUGCCUGCCGGAAAAACAACUGCCUUGGUUGGUCCUUCCGGUUCUGGAAAGAGUACCGUUGUCGGCCUGGUUGAGCGCUUCUAUUUCCCGGUUGGGGGCUCCGUUCUCUUGGAUGGCCAUGAUAUCUCGACCCUCAACCUUCGUUGGUUGCGUCAACAGAUUUCUUUAGUCAGCCAGGAACCCGUCCUUUUCGGCACCACCAUCUAUCAAAAUAUCAGAUACGGACUCAUUGGCACCAGAUUUGAGCAAGACCCCGAGGAGAAGAUCCGGGGCCUGAUCGAAAAUGCGGCGAGAAUGGCCAAUGCGCAUGAUUUUAUCACGGCACUCCCUGAAGGCUACGAGACGAAUGUUGGCCAGCGCGGCUUCUUGCUCUCCGGAGGACAGAAACAGCGUAUUGCAAUUGCACGUGCCAUUGUCAGCGACCCCAAAAUUCUUCUACUCGAUGAAGCUACAUCUGCGUUGGAUACCAAAUCCGAGGGUGUUGUACAGGCAGCACUUGACAGAGCCGCGGAGGGUCGAACCACUAUCGUGAUUGCUCACCGUCUAUCGACAAUCAAGACGGCACACAACAUCGUCGUCAUGGUCAAUGGUAAGAUUGUGGAGCAGGGAAACCACAACGAGCUUGUCAGCCGCAAGGGUACCUACCACAGCCUUGUGGAGGCGCAGCGUAUCAAUGAGGAGAAGGACGCGGAAGCCCUGGUUGCCGAUGAGGAUGUCGAGGAGGAAGACUUCUCCAAACAAGAAAUUGCGCGCAUCAAGUCUGCAAGCAGCGGCUCUGGCUCUCUCGACGAUGAGGAUGAGAAGUCACUCGCUGGGAAUGGAUUGAACCGCAGUGGAACGCACAAAUCAAUUUCCAGCGCCAUUCUUGCUAAGCGGGAGCCCGAGGUCGCCCGGAAAUACUCCCUCUGGACAUUGGUCAAAUUCAUCGCCUCCUUCAAUCGUCCCGAGCUUCCAUAUAUGCUACUUGGGCUGUGCUUCGCGGUUCUUUCUGGUGGUGGUCAGCCAACUCAGGCGGUGCUGUACGCCAAAGCUAUCAGUACGCUUUCAUUGCCGACUAGCGAGAGCGCUAAAAUUCGGCAUGACGGAGCCUUCUGGGCCCUGAUGUUCUUCGUGGUUGGAAUCGCUCAAUUCAUCAAUCUUUCGAUCAACGGUGCCGCGUUUGCUGUCUGUUCAGAACGGCUGAUCCGCCGGGCUCGAGGCAUGGCCUUCAGGUCGAUUCUCCGGCAGGACAUCACCUUCUUUGACAGGGAGGAGAAUAGCACUGGCGCGCUGACAUCAUUCCUGUCAACCGAGACCAAGCAUCUGUCUGGAGUCAGUGGGGCAACUUUGGGAACUAUCCUGAUGACUAGUACCACCCUCGGCGCGGCCAUGAUUAUCUCUCUUUCCAUUGGGUGGAAAUUGGCUCUGGUUUGUAUUUCGGUCGUUCCCAUCCUCCUCGGGUGUGGUUUCUACCGUUUCUACAUGCUGGCCAGAUUCCAACAACGGUCCAAGACUGCCUAUGAAUCGUCUGCGAGCUAUGCUUGCGAAGCGACUUCUGCCAUCCGCACUGUGGCCUCACUCACGCGGGAGCAAGAUGUCUGGGCAAUCUAUCAUUCUCAGUUGGAGGACCAGGGACGGAAGAGCCUGUUGUCUGUGCUGAAGUCUUCUAUCCUUUACGCGUGCUCGCAAGCCCUAGUUUUCUUCUGUGUUGCGCUUGGUUUCUGGUACGGAGGCACACUCCUGGGCCAUCACGAAUACUCUGUUUUCCGCUUUUUCGUCUGCUUCUCGGAGAUUCUUUUUGGCGCCCAGUCCGCUGGUACUGUCUUCUCUUUCUCGCCUGACAUGGGAAAAGCGAAGAACGCUGCGGCUGAAUUUCGGAGGCUGUUUGACAGAAAACCAGCAAUCGACACGUGGUCGGAGGAGGGGGAGAACCUCGCCUCAGUGGAAGGCGAGAUUGAGUUCAAGGAUGUGCAUUUCAGGUAUCCUACCCGGGCAGAGCAGCCUGUCCUACGAGGACUGAACCUGACCGUCAAACCCGGACAAUAUAUUGCCCUCGUCGGCCCCAGUGGAUGCGGCAAGAGUACCACCAUCGCGCUCCUUGAGCGUUUCUAUGACGCCAUCGCUGGAAAGGUUCUGAUUGAUGGGAAAGACAUCACCCAGCUCAACGUGAAUUCAUAUCGCAGUUUCUUGUCGCUGGUCAGCCAGGAACCUACCUUGUACCAAGGCAGCAUCCGGGAGAACAUCUUGUUGGGAGUUCAAGGGGAUGGUGCGACCGAGGAGCAGCUGGUGAAAGCUUGCAAGGAUGCCAACAUCUAUGACUUUAUUAUGUCUCUUCCGGAGGGGUUCAACACCGUGGUUGGCAGCAAGGGAGGUAUGCUUUCUGGAGGCCAGAAACAACGAGUGGCAAUCGCACGUGCUUUGAUCCGGGACCCCCGAGUUCUGCUGCUGGAUGAGGCUACAUCUGCUCUCGACUCGGAAUCCGAAAAGGUUGUGCAAGCUGCGCUGGACGCCGCGGCCAAGGGACGCACCACGAUCGCCGUCGCACACCGACUGAGUACCAUCCAAAAGGCCGAUAUUAUCUAUGUAUUCGACCAGGGUAAGAUUGUCGAAAGCGGCACCCACCAGGAAUUGAUCCGGGUGAAGGGCCGUUACUUUGAGUUGGUCAACCUGCAAAGCCUGGACGGUGGCCAUUGA